UUGGAUAAAAAUGUCUGGACGUGGUAAAGGAGGUAAAGGGCUUGGUAAGGGUGGCGCAAAGCGUCAUCGUAAAGUGCUAAGAGACAACAUUCAAGGUAUUACUAAGCCUGCUAUCCGCCGACUGGCUCGUCGAGGUGGUGUGAAGCGAAUUUCUGGGUUGAUCUACGAAGAGACUCGUGGUGUGCUCAAGGUUUUCUUGGAGAAUGUCAUUAGGGAUGCUGUCACUUACACUGAACAUGCCAAGAGAAAGACCGUAACCGCUAUGGACGUGGUGUACGCUUUGAAGAGACAGGGCCGUACUCUGUAUGGUUUCGGAGGUUAACUGCCAUUCGUUGAACUGCCCCAUAAAUUAAAAAAUAGUAUUGACC